UCCAGCAGAGAGUAUCACCUCCCGCUCCAGGAUCCUCAAGCUCUGCUCACUGGACCUCACCCUGUCUGCAGGUCACAUUGCAAGGCUUUCCCUCUUCCCAGCCUUGCCUGGGGGUAAAUCUCUGCUGUGGAAUCUCAGAAAAUCACAUUCCCUUCUAAGAAUAUUUCACCAAGAAUUUCCUUAGGAGCUGUACUGGCGUAAUUGCUGUGCUUCACCAUGGCAACAUCAAGAAGGUCAUGACCCCAGGAUUUAAGAAGUUCUUCAAGACAAUGUUGACUAUGAUCCAAGAGAAAAUGUGAUUUGAGUCUGCAGACAAUUGUGCAUAUCAACUAAUAAUAAAAACCCAGUAUAGCAGAUAGAAGAGAAAGCAUUCUUCCAGCAUAUUUUAUUUUGGCGUUAACGAUGGAGAAAAAGUGUACGCUGUAUUUCCUGUUUCUCCUGCCUUUUUUAAUGAUUCCUGUCAUGGCAGAAUCAGAACAGAGCCAUGGUGAACAAAAUGAGUUACGUGUUACUAGAAAUAAAAUUAUGACGGCUCAAUAUGAAUGUUACCAGAAAAUUAUGCAAGAUCCCAUUCAACAAACAGAAGGCAUUUACUGCAACAGAACCUGGGACGGAUGGCUGUGCUGGAAUGAUGUUGCAGCAGGAACGGAGUCGAUGCAGCAUUGCCCUGAUUACUUUCAAGACUUCGAUCCUUCAGAAAAAGUUACAAAGAUCUGUGACCAAGAUGGAAACUGGUUUAGACAUCCAGCAAGCAACAGAACAUGGACAAAUUAUACCCAGUGUAAUCUUAACACACAUAAGAGGGUGAAGACAGCACUGAAUUUGUUUUACCUGACCAUAAUUGGACACGGAUUAUCUAUUGCAUCGCUGCUUAUCUCACUUGGCAUAUUCUUUUAUUUCAAGAGCCUAAGUUGCCAAAGGAUUACUUUGCACAAAAAUCUGUUCUUCUCUUUCAUUUGCAACUCUAUUGUAACAAUAAUUCACCUCACUGCUGUGGCCAACAACCAGGCCUUAGUGGCCACUAAUCCUGUUGGUUGUAAAGUGUUCCAGUUCAUUCAUCUUUACCUGAUGGGCUGUAACUACUUUUGGAUGCUUUGUGAAGGUGUUUAUUUACACACACUCAUUGUGGUGGCUGUGUUUGUGGAGAAGCAACACUUAAUGUGGUAUUAUUUUCUUGGCUGGGGAUUUCCACUGAUUCCUGCUUGUAUACAUGCUGUAGCCAGAACCUUAUAUUACAAUGACAACUGCUGGAUCAGUUCUGAUACUCACCUCCUCUACAUUAUCCAUGGCUCAAUUUGUGCAGCUUUACUGGUGAAUCUGUUUUUUCUAUUGAAUAUUGUGCGUGUUCUCAUCACUAAGUUAAAAGUCACUCACCAGGCGGAAUCCUAUCUCUACAUGAAAGCCGUGAGAGCAACACUGAUCCUAGUGCCAUUACUGGGCAUUGAGUUCGUGUUGCUUCCAUGGCGACCCGAAGGGAGGACUGCAGAGGAGGUGUACGACUACAUCAUGCACAUUCUCAUGCACUAUCAGGGUCUUUUGGUCUCCACAAUUUUCUGCUUCUUUAAUGGCGAGGUUCAAGCAAUUCUAAGAAGAAACUGGAAUCAAUAUAAAAUUCAGUUUGGAAACAGUUUUUCCCACGCAGAUGCUCUUCGUAGUGCAUCUUACACAGUGUCAACAAUCAGCGAUGGCACAGGUUAUAGUCAUGAUUAUCCAAGUGAACACUUAAAUGGGAAAAGCAUUCAUGAUAUUGAAAAUGUUGCCUUAAAACCGGAAAAGUUAAAUGAUUAUAUUUUAUAAUAGAGGCAGUAUUGUUUAACUAUAUUGUGCCACUCUUAACUCAAGGACUUAGAUCCAUGAUUUUAUAACCAGAAAACGUCAAUAUUAAAUGAAUUUCUUAAUUGCCACAAAGAACCCCUCACAUGAAUUCAGUAGUUUGUUGAUCAGUGUUUAACAACUAGCUCUAUGGGGGUGGGAGGGGAGGAGCGUAAGCCCUCAUUUGUAGUGUUUGCCAGUUUCUAGGAUGUAAAUAGUCCUACCAUGGCUGAUUUCAAACUACCAAUUUGACAUCACUGAAUGAGGAAUUAGGAAAAGAUGAACACAAUCAAUUAUUGUGGCUGGAAUCAGCUAGUUCUAGCACGCUGCAUGCAUUCACAAAUGAAUGAGGUAAAAUUUCAUAUACAUAUUGGGCAGGAAUCUACUCUUGCUGUCUAAAGAGACCUAGCGAAGGCCUAUAAACUUGGAUGGAAAAUUAGUUUUUCAUCUGUUUAUUCAAAAACUUGAUCCCAUAUUCAUAGGUGAAGUUGAUCUUUUUGCUCAGAGAGUAUUCCAGCCCCUUUUAUGUUUACCCUUGCAAAUGGACCAGAGAAAGAGUUCAUUAGUCCUGUUGGCUUACCCUCUUCUUCCCAAGAAAGGCAACUGAGCAGAAUUUUUAUUGGGUAUUCAUUUGCUCAUGCAUCAGUUAUACCCUGUGUCAUAUCCGUUAUUGAGACUUGAUAAAUAGUAUGUAUGAUAUGCAAUCUUACUUUGGUAUCAUUAGGGAGGCAUCUUGGUUGAUACUACAAAACACCGUAUCAGCUACUUUCUUCUGUUGCUACAUGCCUACCUUACCACAUAAAUGGGAGACAAUCAUUUUCCCUGUAUCUUUUAAAAUAAAAACUUUUCCCUUUCCAUUUCUACUGUGUAGCUAGUAUUUUACAUAAAGAAUAUCAAUGAAGGGCUUUUUAUUUCUUUAGAAGUUUGUAAAAAAAAAAAACUUGUUGUGAAAGAUGAGCUUGUAAAUACUCUGUUGUUCUAUAGUAUAGCCUCAAAUCAAAUACAUACAAUCUAAGUAAGAUUUUUUAAACAAACAAAUACAUAAUGUAACAAUGUAUGCAUCUUAAUAUCUGAUACUGUGUCUGGGCUGAUUUUAUAAUAAAAUAGAGUCUGGAAUUUUAUAUUUGGUAAAUAUAUUAAAGACAACCAGAUGCCAGCAUCAGACGUUUGAGAACUAAGAAAAAUAGCUAUGAUAAGAUAUAAAAUAUUUAUUAAAAACAAACUCAAGGCCAUUGUUUUAUUGAACAUAUUAACUUUGGUGUGUCAUACCUUACUUAAUAGAUAUGUUUGACAUAUUUCUCUUUUGAUUUUGACGACGAACUUGCAUUCUAAUCCAGAAAAUAUAAGCCACUCAUAUUGUAAUAAAUGCCGUUCACUCCUCUUAUAGU